AUGGAGCAAGGGGCAGAGUUAUGGGGCCCAGAUCUCCAGGGCCCCGAGGAGAGCCUGAGAGAUGGUCAUAAAGGUUCUAGAAGUGAAAAUGAGGAGGAGAAUCUUCAGCCAGAGGGGUCAGGGGAUGAGAUACCUUUGGGAGACCCACCCCAUAGUCCAGAACUCAAGGAUCCCCCAGAGAUGCCCCUGGAGGAGAUUCCUUUGGAUAAUCCAGCCUCUGAGUCAGUUCCUACCCCUUCUGAUUGGACCAAGGCCUGUGAGGCAGGCUGGCAGUGGGGGGCCCUGACCACCUGGAAUAGCCCCCCAAUAGUGACAGCCAGCGAACCCAGUCUUCGGGAGCUGGUCCAGGGCCGGCCCUCAGGGGGUGACAAACCUUAUAUCUGCAACGAAUGUGGCAAGAGCUUCAGCCAGUGGUCCAAGCUGCUCCGACACCAGCGUAUCCACACAGGUGAACGCCCCAACACCUGCUCUGAGUGCGGCAAGAGCUUCACUCAGAGCUCCCAUCUGGUGCAGCACCAGCGCACCCACACAGGCGAGAAGCCCUACAAGUGCCCUGACUGUGGCAAGUGCUUCAGCUGGAGCUCCAACCUGGUGCAGCACCAGCGGACACACACGGGCGAGAAGCCCUACAAGUGCACUGAGUGUGAGAAGGCCUUCACCCAGAGCACCAACCUCAUCAAGCACCAACGCUCCCACACGGGCGAGAAGCCCUACAAGUGUGGGGAGUGCCGACGUGCCUUCUACCGCAGCUCAGACCUCAUCCAGCACCAGGCCACCCACACAGGGGAGAAGCCCUACAAGUGCACCGAGUGUGGCAAGCGCUUUGGCCAGAACCACAACCUCCUCAAGCACCAGAAGAUCCAUGCAGGGGAGAAACCAUAUCGGUGCACCGAGUGCGGCAAGAGCUUUAUCCAGAGCUCGGAGCUGACGCAGCACCAGCGCACACACACCGGGGAGAAGCCCUACGAGUGCCUAGAAUUGUGUGGGAAGACCUUCACCCUUAGUGCCACGCUGUUGCGGCAUCAGCGCACCCACACAGGCGAGCGACCCUACAAAUGCCCCGAGUGUGGCAAGAGCUUUAGCGUCAGCUCCAACCUCAUUAACCACCAGCGCAUCCACCGAGGAGAGCGGCCAUACAUCUGUGCCGACUGUGGCAAAAGCUUCAUCAUGAGCUCCACCCUCAUCCGACAUCAGCGCAUCCACACUGGGGAGAAGCCCUACAAGUGCCCUGACUGUGGCAAGAGCUUCAUCCGAAGUUCCCAUCUCAUUCAACACCGGAGGACCCACACUGGGGAGAAACCCUACAAAUGUCCUGAGUGUGGUAAGAGCUUCAGCCAGAGCUCCAACCUCAUCACCCAUGUCCGUACUCACAUGGAUGAGAACCUCUUCUUGUGCCCCGAGUGUGGAAAGGCAUUUGUGGAUGCAGCUGAGCUCUUGCAACAUCGGCUAAUACACGGAGGAGGAAAGCCCCCUUCUGGAGGAGCUCUUGGGGAUGGGGCAGAGCCAGCCAGCCCAGCAGGAGAGAAAUCCUAUAAGUUCUCCAUGGGGCUUGGGGAAUCGGCACUGCUCCCACCUCCUGGAGCCAAACCACACAAAUGUUUGGUGUGUGGCAAGGGCUUUAAUGAUGAAUCUAUUUUUAUGCAGCAUCAGAGGAUACAUAUUGGAGAAAACCCAUACAAAACCACUGAUGGCACUGAACGUCCACCUCCCCAUCCCUCUCAGCUCCGCCCUCAGAGGACCUUACUUGGGAGGAAAUCCUAUCCAGGUGCUGAGAAGGGUGACAACUCGGACCAUAUUGGACCAACCCCUAAAAACCUUGAGGGUCGAGAAAGCUUUGGUCAAAAUUUGGAACUACUCUCCCCCAAAUCCUACAUCUGUUCUCACUGUGGGGAAAGCUUUUUGGACCGUUCUGUGCUCCUUCAGCAUCAGCUUACCCAUGGAAAUGAAAAACCUUAUAUAUUUCCCGAGUUUAGGACUGGUGUUGGGGAAGGGGCAGGACCCAGCCCCAUCUUGAGUGGGAAACCCUUCAAAUGCCCUGAGUGCCAAAAGAGCUUCAGCCUUAGCUCUGAGCUCCUGCAGCACCAGAAGGUCCAUGCAGGAGAAAAACCCUAUAAAAGCUCCUCUGUUCUCCUAGAGCACCUCAAGAGCCCUUUGGGGGCCCGGCCCUACAGCUGCUCUGUCUGUGGUAUGUCUUUCCUGGACCGACUGGCUCUCAUCCGGCACCAAGGGAGCCACACCCAAGAAAAGCCCCACACUCCUGGGGAGACCCUCCCAGAACCAGCCUCACUGCCUAUGAGCCAGGAUGGGGAGGCAUCCCCUGUGAUAGAAAGCAGCAGUCAAUGUGAAGCCCCUAAAACCCAACCAGGAGAGAAACCUUAUAUAUGUCCUGAGUGUGGGGAAGGCUUCACAGAAACCACGACCCUUCUCCUUCACCGGGGUAGCCAUCCUGGUGUCACCCUAUGA